AGUACACUUCCUGUUUAGGUUCAAGGUGUCAAAUGUCAAAACAGAGCAGCAGCAGCGAUCAGCUGAUGAAUGGAAACAUAAAGCUGCUGUUAGCUACACAAAGUCAUGGAGGUGACGGAGGAGCAGCGGCGGGAGGUGGAGGAGCAGGUGGAGACCUUACUGAGCGGUCAGGGGUCAGAGGUCACCGGCUGUGACGUGGGCCUGGAGCAGAGCAAACCGGCGACUCUGAGGAAGAACGUCACGUACAUCGUCUGCGCCGUCAUCUUCAACGACAAGGAGGAGGUGCUGAUGGUGCAGGAGGCGAAGCCCGACUGUUACAAACAGUGGUACCUUCCUGCAGGGAGGGUGGAGGUGGGGGAGAGUCUGGAGGAGGCGCUGAGGAGGGAGGUGAAGGAGGAGGCGGGGUUUGAGUGCGAGCCAAUCACGUUGCUGCUGAUCCAGGAGCAGGGACCACAGUGGAUCCGCUUCAUCUUCUUGGCCAAAAUCACAGGUGGGAGCAUAAAGACUCUGUCAGCAGCAGAUCAGGAGUCUCUUCAGGCCUCCUGGUGGGACCGACAGUCCGCCCUCCCUCUGAGAGGCCGAGACAUCCUCCGUCUCAUCGACUGUGGACUCAAGUACCGUCAGGAUCCCUGGCAUCCCGUCACGUUACCUGUGGACCUGAGCUGCCGUCAUGUCCUGCAGAGACUCGUCCUGGUCUUCAUCAACGCUGAGGAUCAGAUCUGGAUCCUGCUCAUCAAAGCCCCGGCGCUCCACCUGCCCACAGCAGCGGCGGUGAAGACCCACGCGGUGACCUGGGCAGCCAACAUGGUGGUGCAGGAGGCCAUGCCAUCUGCGUACUAUGACCAUGAUGUGAACACGCUGGGCGUCUUCAGCCUGCAGCACAACGGGCGGCAGCAUGGGAAGACGGACGGCGUGUGCUUCAAUACGCUGGUGGUGCUGGUGCCCGACCACGUCCAACGGAACGAGGACGGAGAGAAAGUGGAGUGGACGCCGACAGGGCGACCUCCGCCCGUGGAAAACCCUCGAUACGUGUGGGUGGAAGUCCGGAAACAAACGCUGAGGGAGCAACUGUUGGAAAAGACCAAAAAAACCUCCAUCCUACCUCUGCACAGCCUCUACUGACCACAGGGAGGGAGGAGGGUUUGACGCCUCUCUGGGAUUCAACAAGAGGACUCUUAUUGUGAAAAGAACGGUUGGCUUUAAGAAAGGAGCUUUUAUUCUGAGAGAAAGUAUUUCAUUUUAUUAAGCGGUUGGAUUGUAGUAAAUUUAAAUGUACACAAAGCAAUAAAAUACUGACGUGGA